AUUGACAGAUAGUGUUGCUUGUUUCUGCCCUUAGCUUAGCUUGUUAGUUCUUCUCUCUUAGCUUUCAUUCUCAGUCAUGUCAGAUAAUAAUAACAAUAAUAACAGAGAUGUUGUAAUGAGUGUUACCAAUGAUGAAGAUGAGUCAGACACCAAGGUCACUGUGCCUCUUCUGCAAAAGAUGGUAGCAGAGGCAGUGGGAACGUUCUUCUUGAUAUUUGCAGGGUGUGGUUCAUUGGUUAUGAACCUCAACAACGACAAGGUGGUGACACUUGCAGGAAUCGCAACAGUUUGGGGGCUGCUUGUGAUGGUGUUAAUAUACUCUCUUGGACACAUAUCUGGUGCUCAUUUCAACCCUGCAGUUACCAUUGCUCUUGCUUCCAUAAACAGGUUCCCUUGGAACCAGGUUCCUGCUUAUAUCUUCUCUCAAGUCCUUGGAUCCACACUUGCAAGUGGUGCUCUCAGACUCUUAUUUACGGGCAAGGAUAACCAGUUUCCCGGAACCGUUCCAUCUGUGACUCACGUUCAAGCUCUCGUUAUUGAAUUCAUAAUCACUUUCUUUCUCAUGUUCGUCAUUUCUGGGGUGGCCACUGAUAACCGAGCGAUUGGUGAAUUGGCUGGACUUGCAGUUGGAUCUACUAUUCUACUAAAUGUGCUCGUUGCAGGGCCAUUAACGGGAGCAUCAAUGAACCCUGCAAGAUCAUUGGGACCAGCUAUUGUGCACAGUGAAUACAGAGGAAUAUGGGUGUAUUUGGUGUCACCCAUUGUUGGAGCUGUGGCUGGUGCAUGGACCUACAAUUUCGUUAGGUACACAAAGAAGCCGGUUCGUGAGAUCAUCAAGAGUGCCUCUUUCUUCAAGGGGAGUAAAUAGAGAUCAGAUAUAAGCAAACAUGUUCCUAGUCUUCAACAUCACACGUUGUAUGGUUUUUCUUAACACAGUUCAGUUUUCUCACGUGGCCUUUCGUUGUACUUAUAUACACACUUCACUCCCAACUUUCUUCUAAAAUAUAAAGUUUGUACUUUGCUGUGUAUU